AUGGAGGACAUCAGAGUAGUUAGGCACUUUCCUGAUGUUUUUCUCAAGGAAUUACCUGGCUUACCCCCAGAUCGUGAAGUGGAGUUCACCAUCGAUCUACUUCCAGGUACUACUCAUAUUUCCCUUACACAUUACCGUAUGGCUUAUGCAGAGUUAAGGGAACUUAAAACUCAGUUGCAAGAGUUGCAUGAUAAGGCGAUUGCUUAUGCAUCUCAGCAAUUAAAGCCCCAUGAGGGGAACUAUCCUACUCAUGAUCUCGAGUUGACAGUGAUCAUCUUUGUUUUGAAAAUUUGGAGGCACUAUCUUUAUGGGGAAAAGUGUAAGAUCUUCAUUGAUCUUAAGAGCCUUAAGUAUAUCUUCACUCAGCCAGAUCUUAAUCUCCAGCAACGAAGGUGGGUAGAGUUGCUCAGUGAUUAUGACUGCACCAUUGAGUAUCACGCAGGUCAUGCCAAUUCGGUAGCUGAUACUCUUAGUAGGAAGUCUCAUGGCCAACUUAAUGCUCUCUAUGCUAGUCGCAUUCCUUUUUUGACUGAUCUAAGAUCCAUUGGAGUAGCAUUGAAAGCGGGUCCACGGGGGGCUCUAAUUGCCAAUUUUCAAGUCAGACCGGUUCUGUUAGAUCGUGUUCUCAAAGCCCAGAGGAACAAUACAGAAUCUCAGGAAUUGAUACAGACAAUGUCAGACGGGAUAAAGAAAGACCUCUGCAUUAAAGAUUUUGACGACAUGCUUAUGCAAGGUGAGCGGAUGUAUGUACCGAAUGUUGAGGAACUAAAGAGAGACAUAUUGGAUGAAGCGCAUAUUUCUGCUUAUGCGAUGCAUCCAAGGAGUACCAAGAUGUAUCAUACCAUCUGA